UGAGUUGUGUCUCGGCAGGACAGUCUCCUGCAGCUGUCUUUUGAGGGCACUUGGACUUUUUGAAACUGGGACUGAAAGCUGGCUUUAAUGGAAACAUCUCAUCAUGUCUAGUAGUAUUUUGGUGAAAGCUCUUGAGGACCUGACCCUGGAUCAGGGUUAUGUGACCGGAGAUCCCUGCCCGUCCCACAGCCUGUCGUCCUCCGGCCGGUCGAGGCAGUCUCAGCCGCACACGAGCACUCCUCAGAGGGGCGCCUCGUGGCACCAGGCCGGCUCUCUGAGCAGCAGGGACGGCAGCUGGGACACGGUGAGCACGCUGCCGGAGGACGCGGCGGACAUCCUGCUCAAGUGUCCCUCCCUUCCCGAUGUGGAGGAGUAUCCCUGGACCCAGCGGGACCUGCGGGAGGUCGUGCGUCGAGUCGCCUGUUCGGAUGCCGCGUUCACCGUAGAAGCUGUCCACAGGCUGUCCGGUCUGCUCCGGAGGGCUCUGGUGCGGAUCUCCCGGGAGGCGCAGCGCCUCAGUGAGCUCAACAGCCGAUGCACGCGCUUGGAGGUGCAGAGCGCUGUGAGGCUGGUGCUGAGCUGGGGUCUGGCCGAGAAGUGCAUUUCCUCCGCCGUGAGGGCCGUGUCCCUGCACUGCAUGAGCUCCGGGGACACUGCACGCCAGCGGGGCAAGUCCGCGCGUUGCGGGCUCAUGCUCUCCGUGGGCCGCUUCUUCAGGUGGAUGGUGGAAACACGCGUGUCGGUGCGCGUGCAUGAAUAUGCCGCUGUAUGCCUGGCAGCCUGCGUGGAGAGUUUGACGGAGGAGGUGGUCGGAAGGGCGCUGCAGGCUGCGAGGCUGACCGCGGAGGAGGAGGAAGGGGGCGGCGGGCUCACCUGCUGCCCGGUGACCGCGGAGCUGCUGGAGGGAGCCGUCAACGACGACGUGGAGCUGUGGGGACCGCUGCAGGGCUACGAGCAUCUCAUCUGUGGCAAAAAUGCAAAUGGUGAGUUGUCUUUGCCAGCCCAUGUCAGCCCGUACACAAAGGUUCGAAAGGAUUCAACGGAGAGCCAGGAGGACGCUUACAUCCAGCUGGAGCUGCGAACACUGGAGCAGGCUCUACUGGCCACCUGUGUGGGCAGCAUCGCUGAACUCAGUGAUCUGGUCUCUCGAGCGAUGCACCGCAUGCAGCGUCUGCGCAGCUCGAGCCUUUCCGUCAGCCCCCCUCGCUCAGCCAAUCAGCUGACAGUAUUCUGGGCCGCUGAUGCCCUCCGAACGCUCUAUUACUUCCUGUCCAGCCCCGAGAUGGAGUCACUGGAAAAUCCCAACCUGGAGCCUCCAACCAUGACACUGAGCAGAGAGAGGCCAUUCCUGCUCCUCCCCCCUCUAAUGGAGUGGAUCAGAGUCGCUGUUGUACACGCUGAACAUCGCCGCAGCCUAUUGGUGGACAGCGAUGAUGUCAGACAGACAGCCAGGAUGCUCUUGCCAGGACUGGACUGUGAGCCCAGACAGCUAAAGUCCAAAUGCAAUUACCAGUCCUUUAAAUGUUUGAAUGCAGAAGCUGCUGCAGCAAAGUUCCAGCUGGAUCUGGGCUUCAGGAUGCUUGCGUGUGGGCGAGCAGAUCUGGUCAACCAGGCCACACAGCUGCUGGGAGCUGAGGGGGUUAACACUAUGGAUGACCAGGGCAUGACUCCUCUGAUGUACGCCUCAGCAGCAGGAGAUGAAGCUCUGGUGCAGAUGCUCAUAGACGCUGGAGCUUGCCUGGACCUGCAGGUCCCAGGCUGCUCUUCCAGACACCCAUCGGUUCCUCCUGGCAGUCGACGCUGGGUGGCUCUGACAUUCGCCGUGCUGCACGGUCACCUGUCUGUGGCUCAGCUGCUGUUGGAGACUGGAGCAGAUGUGGAGGGAGGAGCCCUGCUGGAUGCUCAGGAGAGCUCAGCAGAGACGCCGCUCCAGUUGGCUGCUGCUGCAGGUUACUACGAGAUGGUGAGCCUGCUCCUCACCCAUGGAGCUGACCCUCUGCUCAGAGUGCAUCAUGGGAAUUCAUCUCCGCUGUAUGAGGACAUGAACUGCUUCAGCUAUGCUGCAGCACAUGGACACAGGAACAUCCUUAGGAGGCUGCUGCUGAAGCCCCAGCAGCGGAAGGAGGACAUCCUCUCUCUGGAGGAGAUCCUGGCUGAAGGAGUGGAGGACGAUCAGGAGGAGGAACAGGAUCCAAAAGCUCCUGGUUCCUCAAGCCCUGUCCCCAGGCUGUGUAAAGCCAGGAUGAAGGCCUUGCAGCAGGCGGCCUACUACAGCGCCGAGCACGGUUACCUGGAUGUGACCAUGGAGCUCAGAGAGAUGGGUGUCCCCUGGAGGCUCCACAUCUGGCUAGAGUCUCUCCUCAAAGCCCAGCAGCUGUGCAGGGACAAAGUCAUUGUCUCCCUCCUCACAGAUUUCUUCUCCAUCAGGACAGAGGACUACAGCCCCGAGCUCCUCUCCACAGGCAUCCCGCUCUUGUUCAGCAUGCUGGAGACCAGCAAGGACUAUGUGAUCACCAAGCGGCUGGCGUCUUUGUUUUCUCACUGCUACAGCUGCUGUCCUGUACCUCCUGUCCCUCCCAUGGACGUCACUCUGUCCACACAGCUAGAUAUUCAUUUCCUCAACAACCAGGAGAUGUCAGAUGUGACGUUCAUGGUGGACGGGCGUCCGUUCUUUGCUCACCGGGUGCUGCUGAUGUCAGCCUCUGAAAGGUUUCGAGAGAUGCUCUGGGAUUCCCCCGACAACAUUGUCCAUGUCAGUCACAUGACCUACAGCACAUUCCAGAUGAUGAUGACGUCUCUGUACUGUGGAGGAACAGAAGGACUGACUGUCUCCCAUUUUGAAGCCAUGAAGCUGCUGCCAGUGGCCUCUUUCUUCCAGCUCAGAGGCCUCCAGAGGUGCUGUGAGAUGAAGCUGUCGCAGAGUCUGACUCUGGACAACGCUGUCAACAUCUACCAGACUGCCAAGCAACACAGAGCCGUUGAACUCUGCAAGUUUUGUGAAGGAUUCUUCCUGCAGAACAUGGAGCGGCUCCUGGACCAGGAGGACUUCCACCGCCUGCUGCUAGGUGCAGUCGGUCAGCAGCUUCUCUGCCCAGAGGGGGGCACCCAGGACCAGGAUCCACUGGUUCUCCUGGAGGUUUUGGAGGCCACGUUAAUCCACAGACUUUACACUGUGCACCCUGCAUGUCGAGAGUAAAAAAAAAAGCAGCAGCGCCCACUAACCUGACACUGUUCAGACACACUGGGAUGGGUGUUAAAGAGUCAUAUGUGUGUUUGGGAGUAGCAGCCAUAUACUGUAUUUUUACCUUCUUUAACAUUCUUAGGGAGAACAUAUUAGUGUAGAGGAAGAAUAUACUGUUUUAAGGAGUUUGUCAUCCUCUUUAUUCAACUUGACACAAGUGAACAUUUUUGCAGCCAUUAAGAGAUGAUCCAAAUGUGGAAUGUUAAUCAGUCAACACAUUUAUCAAGUAAAAUGAACAAACUUGUGGGUGCAUUCUUAUCUUUGAGAUUUUCUGUUUUAUAUUGCUGCGAAUCAGAUGUUUUUAGUUUCUUUGACUCUUUUUCGGACACAUUAAGCGAAUUGAAAACAUCUGGCUCUUAAAGAUGUGACAGCAUUAAUGAUCAAAUGAUUAUUGAAUAUGUUGUAACUGUAACUAUCCGUUUUUUAAUUAACCAUUGCUGUGAAAUUUCA